AAUAGAUGAUAAAGUAGUACGCGUCAUUUAUACAGAGACCAAUAUUCGAUUAAAAAAGUGACUGGUUAAAAGUCAGAAAACUUAUUUAUCAAACGCAUUCUUAUCAUAAUGAAAACAUAUAGCCGAAAAAAACAAGGUGAUUCCACUGAUGUCAUUAUACAUUUAAAUGAGUUGUGUCGACUGUGUUUAGCAAAAGAGGACGAAUUAGUGCCAAUAUUUAAUGAUGAUGAUCCAAUCCCACUUACUCUCCGAAUUAUGGCUUGUGUGUCGUUGGUGGUCUUCGAAGGUGAUGGUUUACCCAACAUGAUUUGCCACCCUUGCCGAUAUCAACUGGAUAAAUCAUAUGCAUUUAAAAAAAAGUGCGAAAAUUCUGAUAUAAAAUUACGGCGACAUAUAAAAUCAAUUCAAGAGAAAGGUGGUAGUAUUGAAGAUGCUACAGAUAUUACAGAAGAUGUACCAAAUACAGAAAAGGAAUUCGAAGAAGGUGAUAAACUAAAAACAGAAACACCAAACAAUGAUACAACUAUGGAUACUGAAAUUCCAAUAAGUUCAGAACAAGAUUUUGUUGGAGCUCGUGUUGCGUAUAUUGAUCCUGAAUCUGAUAUAAGAGAGGAAAAUAUGGAUCCGGAAAAUAUAACAUUAUCAUUGGAGACUGAUGAAAUAAAUAAAGAUGCGUGUACUUUAAAAAAUUUGCCCUUAAAAUGUGAAGUUGAAGAAGAUCCAGAAGAACUUUUAGAAGAGAAAGAUGGUAAAUCUGAUUCAACGAUGUUUUUGGUAUCCGACGAUCAACCUGAUGAACAACAGUUUAUUGUUACGGACAGCUAUAAUAUUGAUCAAAACUAUUUACCUGCCAUUGCAGAUGCAGUUAAAGCAACAUUAGCUCAACAACCUGGUAUUGAUAUUUCUGGGCAAAUUCAAAUGAAAGUUGAUAAUGUUCCAGGAAAGCCCACACAAAUUCAAGUUACCACCGCAGACGGUUCAGUUAUUAUCAUGGAGUUAUUAACGGAAGAAGAGCAUCAAGGAGACGAUGGGGAAGAUGAAGAAUUAAAAGUUUUUCAAUGUCCCAAUUGCCCUAAAGCCUUUUCACGACGAAUACAAUUACGCAGGCAUUCAUCUGUGCAUAUGGAACAACGUGGAUUUAGUUGUGGUAUUUGUGAAAAAUGGUUCCCUACAAGAUCGGCGCUCAUUCGCCACGAGAGAAUUCAUACAGGCGAGAGACCAUUCAAAUGUGAAAUGUGCCCAAAAAGUUUCGCUCAAAAAGAAAUUUUGUAUCGUCACUUAAUGAUACAUACUGGACAAAAACCAUUUAAUUGCCCACAGUGUGGCAAAGGCUUUACUCAACGAGAACCAUUACGAGUUCAUAUGAGGUCGCAUACAACACCUAGCCCAGCUGAUAUUCAGUUACAUAGGUGUACACUAUGCCCCAAAAUGUUUUGUCAUGCAUCUGGAUUAAGUAGGCAUUUAGUAACACAUACAGGGAAAACUUUUAAAUGUCGAGAUUGUGAUAAAGCAUUUACUGACAAAUCUUCUUUGCGAAGACAUCAUAAAAUCUCAAAUCACCAGCCAUAGACAUAGAACUUUACAGUAAUUCUGUAGUUAUAAAAAGUUGACUAGUACCAACCCAUCUCAUUUGGUUUAAAUAAAUUUUGUAUAUUUAGCUCCCCUACACAUUAAAAAGUAUAUAACUGGUGCUAAAUUUACAGAGAUACGACCGCGCUGUUUUAAGUUGAAAAAGACCAAUUAUACGAACUACUGAAUCCAUGGCAGGGCGAUCAGUGAAGGCAAUAAACAAUAAAUAAUGCGUAUUA